GGGGGUUGGACGGAGUCAAAGAAAAGGCUGCCAUGGAAACACCAGCGCUUGAGGCUUGAAGAGGGAGGUGAGCUGAAAGAGGUAUGGUUUUUCUUAUGGAAGAAUAUUCUGUUAUUUCAUGAUGGCAUUUGCACCUCCAAAAAGUACAGACGCCCCCAAAAUGCAGACAAAGAUGAGUACCUGGACACCUCUAAACCAUCAGUUUUUGAAUGACCGGAUAUUUGAAGAAAGAAGAGCUCUGCUUGGAAAAUGGUUUGACAAAUGGACAGACUCUCAACGGAGAAGAAUCUUGACAGGCCUGUUAGAACGUUGCUCCCUGUCACAGCAAAAGUUCUGCUGUCGAAAACUUCAAGAAAAAAUUCCAGCAGAAGCUCUGGAUUUUACUACCAAGCUUCCAAGGGUGUUAUCUCUAUACAUCUUUUCUUUCCUGGACCCACGAAGCCUUUGUCGUUGUGCACAGGUGAGCUGGCACUGGAAGAACUUAACUGAGCUGGAUCAGCUCUGGAUGCUCAAAUGUUUACGAUUUAACUGGUACAUCAAUUUCUCUCCAACUCCCUUUGAGCAGGGUAUAUGGAAGAAGCACUACAUUCAGAUGGUAAAAGAACUUCAUGUUACCAAGCCAAAGACACCUCCAAAAGAUGGGUUUGCCAUUGCCGACAUUCAGUCAGUUACAAGCAGUCCUGCAGAGGAAAAGCAGUCCCCUGCGUCCGCUUUCAGGUCGUCUUCCUCUUUGAGAAAGAAAACCCACCCAAGGGAGAAAGAGCUCCCACCCUGGAGAUCAUCUGACAAGCAUCCAACUGAUAUCAUUCGCUUCAAUUACCUGGACAACUGUGACCCCAGUGAGCAAAUCGGGCAAGGCAGGAGGAAAAGACAUGAAAUGAAAUCAGAUUUCAGCCGACAAUCACAUGAUAAGAAAAAUAAAUUGCAGGACAGAUCUAAGCUAAGAAAAGCACAGUCACUGAUAUCCCUAAGUGCAGAACCCAGCACCACUCUCCGAGUUCCUGCUCAUCUUGCCUGGUCUCCUCACCGGUGGGCAGGGCUCCAGGCCACUGAAGCGGACACAAAGGUCCUCAUGCAACCUCUUCAGAGGCACCCUGGGCUUCAGGCAUUACCCAGCCAGGCUCCAGAGCCGAAGUCAAUUUAAAAAUGUGAAAGGAUUUUGGUUGACAUGACAAGGUGCUCUACACAUUGGAGAGAUGUUACUUGGGUCCUCUAUUAGAAACUUUCAGCUUAGGUACCUGCUUGGGAAAGGGAGUCCUACAGUAUUUCAGUAGAAGGUGUUCAUGGUAGAAGUGCUGACAUGGUUACAAACUUAGAUACAAAUGUGAGGAUAGGUACCAUGGGGUUGAUAAAGGGACCAGGAUAGCAACAGUGGUAAUAUUGGGUGUACGGGGCCGGGUCCCAGAAAGGUGCAGACAGCCGACUUCCAAGGCUAGUUGAGCUGUUUAAUGGGGGGCUGUUUACCAUGGUGUCUCGUUGGCUGGAGCUGCCAUCACCCAGUACCCCUCCCUUCAUCUGGUCCAGCUGCUAUAACGAAAAUACCGUAGAUGGGUGGAUUACAAACAACAGACAUUUAUUUUCUCACAGCUCUGGAGGCUGGGAACUUUAAGGUCAAGAUGUUGGCAGUGUUGGUUACUUCUGAGGCCUCUCUCCUUGGCUUGUGGGUGGCCACCCUCUCCUCCUGUCUUCAUAUGGUCUUUGUUCUGGGUGAUCUGUGUCCUCAUCUC